AUGUCAUUAGCAAAUGUAUUACAACUUCGGUUUCUAUCUGUUGCGGGGACCGCAGACAUAGAUUGGGAUUCGGCUGGUGAAAACUGGACCAGCCUUCCGUAUUUAGAAGGUUUAGACGUUUCUAGAACUAAUGUGGAUCCCGAGAACUUUACGAUGUUAGUUGUGUCGAUAGAUAGUUUGAAAGUUGUGUGCAUGUUUAAUUGUCCGGCGUUAGAGGAAGACCCCGCUGUUUAUAAUUCUCAUGGUAAAAUGACGCUUGGGUUCUCUAACGACACUUUUAAAGUACUAUCGUCUAUGUUUCCCGACACAAAUAAUGAGCAGGCUAUUUUCUCCGAUUGGAGAAAUGGGUCGAAUAAGAACGGAGUGAAUUUGGAUGAUCUUAUGUCGUGGGUUGAAUGGAUUCUUUCACAUGCGCUUUUACGUAUAGCUGAGGCUAACCUAACCGGGCUUGAUCAGUUUUGGCUCGAUCAAGGAGCAGGUCUUUUGCUCACUUUAUUGCAGAGUUCUCAAGACGAUGUCCAAGAAUGGGCAGCCACUGGGCUUGCAACUUUUGUUGUAGUUAAUGACAUAAGUAUAAAGGUUGAUGCAGGACGCGUUAAGGCUAUCAGGAAAGGGGGCGACGUUCAGCUUCUUUUACGUCUUACAAGAUUUUUGAAUGAAGGGCUUCAACUAGAAGCAACAAAGGUGAUUGCAAAUCUUUCGGCGAAUCCAGCUUUUGCAAGAUCUGUGGGUGGAGAGGGUGGCAUAACCGUUCUUGCAAGCUUAGCAAAAUCUACGAACCGAUUCGUGGCUGAAGAGGCAGCUGGAGGGCUUUGGAAUCUUUCUGCUGGGGACAAGAAUAUGGUUGUUUCUGGUGGCAUAAAAUCUUUAGUCGACUUGAUCAUUAAAUGGCCUAGAGGUGGUCAUGGAGUUCUGGAACGAGCGGCAGGUGCGCUUGCCAAUUUGGCGGCCGAUGAGAAGUAUAGCAUGGAAGUUGCAGCAGUUGGUGCCUUGGUGGUAUUAGAGCUGUAG